AUGAAACAAACAAAAGAAGAAAGUGUAAAAUUGUAUUUAGACUUCUAUGACAAAUAUACUUGGCCACUAGAGAUAGCUGAAACUUUGCUAGAAGUCAGACAAUAUCUUACAGAAUCCACAAUAUUGUCCCUCUUUCAAAAUUUCUACUUUUCUCAUAAAGGAUAGCGAAUCAAUGAGUACAGUGAGUUUUCCAUUCCCGACGGAGGAAAGUUGCAAGUGUUAUUAGGUACAGGUUUCAAUAAUCAUAUAGAUGAGUUUAAUGAAAGAACAGCUAGAUUUCAUUUAAGAAGAGUCUAAGAAAUAAUUGCCAAUCUAUCACAUUAUCAAUAUCUUUGCAAAGGCAAAAUUUCGAAUGAAGAUUCAUUAUCACUAAAAGAAAUAGGGGAUUUGUAAUUAAACGAUAUCCUCCAACCAGCUAUCAAACCAACCUUACUCUUAAAUGAUGACAAUAAGGCUAUUAAAUAGAACGUGUAAUAGUUGGGGUUGUCAUCUUUCAAUCCCCCUCCUCUUUCGCGAAAAUUAAAGGGUGAUCUCUUUUAUAUCGUCCUUAAAACCAUUGAGUCAGUUGAACUGAUAAUAACAGCCUCGAAUUUAGGUUUCUAUGUCAAUAGCUCUUAAGGGAGAACGUUUGAGUCAACUCAAAAAAGUGAUUGCUACUACAAUCUGAUAGAUUUGAUUGUGGAUCACAGUCCCUCAUUUAAAAAGGAAUUAAUUAAUGCGAUCCCAGAGUAAUAACAACCUGCAUUACCAGCUACUAUAAAAUAUAAUCAUAAGUGGUUGUCAGUGCCUGAAGUUCCUUUGACAUUGGAUCAUUAAAGAAGUGAGAGUUGGGCAUUGGAUUUACAUGGAUUUGAUAUUGGAAUGAAGAAUUGUCAAGUCUUUCGUUCAUUGCCCAAAAUUGAUUUAAUUCAAAAAUUGAAUAGAGACAAAGCAUUAUCAAAGGUCUAUGGAGACUUUGUUGAAGCUGCAGUUAGAGGAGCUUGUGCUGUUGUCGAUAAAAUUAUCUAGCCUUUAAAUCCCAUGGAUGUCGAAUGCUAAUAGGUUUACGUUUACAAUCAGAUAUUCUUUAGUUUUGCUAUGGAAACACCAGAAGAUUUUAGAUAAGAAAGUGGUCCUGAUGCUACACCAACAGUCUCAACAACUAAUUGCGAUUUUAGAAAUUUGUAGAUUCUCCAUAAAUUAGACAUUCCUGGAUUAAGUGUUUUGAAUACUUGUUUAGUUGAUUAUAAAGGGAGAAGAGUUAUUGCAUAGUCCAUUAUACCAGGAAUACUCAAUAGUGAUCAUAGCAAUUGCACUUAGUAUGGUUCAAUUGAUGAUGGAAAGACCAUUCAAAAAUCUGAAGAGUUUCACAAAGUCAUGUCAAAAACAUGUGAAUUCUUCCAUCUUGAUACUGAUAUUGUAUUUCUUGACAGCAACCAACAAAAGUAUUCCAUGGCUGGAAGCAUAGAAGUCAAAGGUAUCAUGGGAUCAGAUAAAAGAAUGUAUUUGCUCGAUCUUUUAAGACUUUCUCCAAGAGACUAUAAUUAUUAAGGAGAAAACAAUUAAUGUUGUGUUUUGAGAUAUGAAUUACUUCAAAAUUAUUGGGUUGUUAAUACUAUUUAAAAAAUUAAACAAAAUAAUAGUGAUGACCCUAAAACAUAAUAGGAAGCAUAUUAAAAUAUUUAAAAUCUAUUGAUUGGCAAUCCUAAGGAAGGAUUAAAGUUGAACCCAGCUUUGGGCACUAAGACCGCAUUAUAAACCUCAGAGAAAUUAACAUAAUAGGAGGAGGAUUUAAAAAAAUUGGCUACAUUUUUAUUAAAUUAAGCAAUUCCUCAACUGAUUUAAGAAUUAUCAUAACCAGAAACAUCAAGACACUCAGAUCUAAGCAUCUCAGACAUUUUCCAUUCUCAUGGAGUCAAUAUGAGAUAUCUUGGAAAAGUAAUCAGUUUUAUUCGUUCUGAAGAAUAACCCUCUUUAAGACUUACUCUGGAAAGAGUUGUCUUUGCUAAGACAUUAAAACACAUUUUUAGAGAAUCCAUGAGAUAGGCACCUCAAAAUUAAUUAUCUUAAAUCUUGAGUCAUCUUUUAAAUGUAAUAUUCUCUAAUUCCAAUCCUUCAGUUAAUAAUAAUAAAUAAGAGGAGAAGAAGAAAAAGAAGAAGAACAAAAAUAAAAGUACUCAAAAUGGUGAUAAACCUCACUUUCGAUGUUUAAUUUAAGCCAACAAUUAUCAAUAUCCCACAUACUAAGAGGUUUGGGAUUAAAUCAAUAAGAUUGCAGAAGCCAGAUAUUAACAUAAAAUAGAUUCAUCUAUAUUGAAUAAGAAAGGGUUCCAUAAAUUAUCCUGUUUAAGAGAGCUAUGUUAAUAAAUAGGAUUACAAUUGGUAGCUCGAGACUACCAUGAUUUCUAACCUUCUGAUAUAGUAGGAAUCCAGCCAAUUAUCAAAUUUAUAGAGUAAGUAUCAGAGGAUGCUAAAAAUAAUAUAGAAAUUGGUCAAAAGUAUAUGCUUGAACAUUAAAAUCUUCAUCAAGCUUUAGAAUCUUAUCUUACUGCAUCACAAAUAAUAUUAAAUUUACAUGGUUAGAUGCAUAAAGAAUUGGCAAAUUGCUAUUCCAAGAUUUCAGCAGUCUAUUUGAGAAAAUAGGAAUAUGAUGCAGCCAUACACUUCUAAAAGCAAGCCAUUUAGAUUUAUACUGCAAUCUACGGUUAUGAUCACCCUUUAACAAUAUAAGCUAUAACAGCUUUGUCAUUAUAUUACUUUUCGACCAAAAGUUAUAAGGAAGCUUUCAAUCAUAUGCUGCAUACUUUAUAUCUUGCCAAUUUAAUUGGAGGGGAAGGCUAAGAAGUAUUUAAUCAAUAUACAAAUUUGUCAUUGCUUUAUUCAGAAAGUGGUUAGCAUUAGAGUGCUUUGAACUGCUUAUUUGAAGGACUGGAGAAGUGUGAAUCAUUGUUUAAGUCUUUCUCAGGGACAGAGACCUAAUAGUACAAAUUGAGAAUAUCUGGAUAUUAUUCAGCGAUUGCUUUGGAACAUGGUGAAAUUGGAGACUUCUAAAAGGCAGUUGAAUUCUAAGAAAGAGCAUCUGAUCUAUUAAAGAGAACUCUCAAGCCUGAAGACACAAGAGUCAAGGAAGCAGAUGCUUUAUUAGCCAACUUAAAAAAGGCUUUGAAUGAAAAAAGAAAAGACACUCAAUAAUCAAAUUUAGAUAGCAGAAGAUAAUUUGGUACCAAUCGCAAUUAGUAAUUAAAAACAGAAUAGUAAACCUAACAAAUAUCAGAGGAAACAUAUGUAGAAACUGAUAAGGAAAGAGAGGCUUUAUUGUAAAAAUUAAGAGCAGCCAAAUAGAGUAUGAAAUUCAAGAAUAAAAACCAAAUGGAUAUAAAUCGAUAUAUUCUUGCUUAAUAACUUUAUAGACAAUAGCAACAAUAGCAGAAAGAGUGA